AUGGCUAGUGAACAAGAAGGGGAGGCGGCCACCGUGCCCAUGACGAAUGGGGAGCUUCAUCCCCCAUCAGAUGAGUCGCCAGCUCUAUCGACACCCGGCAAACGAAAGCGUGCCGCCUCUCCAGAGCGAAUCAAAAAUAAUGAGCCCACGUCUGCGGAAGACGAUAAAGCAGAGGUCGACCAGACAUUGCGCGACCUGCUCCAAAUACUUUCUAGAGACGAUGAAAACCUCAACCUUUUCAAGUGUACACUUAUCCCCCCGUCACCAUCAAAACCCCGCUCCAAACGUGCGAAGCUCUCAGAGGAGAGUAAUACAAUAGUUACUAUCGAAGCCCGUGUCGCUGCCGGUCGAUAUGCUUCUCUACAGGAGUUUGUGGAUGAUAUAGACAAGGCAUCAGUGACUUUGAUUGAAAAGCAACAGGCUGGAGAGACUGAAUAUGAUGAGAACUCUCUGCAAAAACAAGUUCAAGCACUUAAGAAACAUCUGCAUAGUCUCUUGGCUCAAGUUUCAUCUCGUAAAACUACGAACAUCAAGACGGAGUCGGCCGGAGAGAUUGAAAAUUUGGAGGAUGUUGCAGCUCACCAUACCGUUCGCCAGGAUAAAAAGGUCUUGACGCUCUAUGGUGGAAACUCAACCAACGCCAAACAACUCUUUUCCAGUCUACCAAAUUCGGACGAUACGCAACCCGUGUCAGAGAAAGCUGAACCCUUCCCCGAGGGCCAGCUGCCAAAUGGCAUCACGAUCACUCAAGUCAUCCCAUUCAAUCUAGAUAUGGAUGAAAAGCCUGCCAAAACAUUUGGCGAAGUAUUUGCACCUCGUUCAACUUUGCCUCAGUUAGAACCACCACGGCACGGACGACCAUGGGCAAGAGACCCCUCGAUAAUGUGGAUAGACGAAUUUGACGCUGCCACAAAUUUUGAUGCCGUUUUGGGUCAAAAGCACCAUUAUUCAUUUACACACCUUCCUGCAUCACACUGGGUGCAAUAUGGAGGGCAUCUUUCAUCAUCAUUCUGGCGCCGACGACAGAAACAACAUGAUUCCGAAAAAGACGGCGAAAGUGCAACUAACGGCACUAGCUCCGACAGCACCAAGGAUGAAGCAAACUUAUUCCAAAGUGUUUACACUUCGUUUGGCCCAUCUGUGGAUAGUUCCCAUGCUGUUACCCAGUUGGAUGAGAAGAAUGCUGUUUGGUGGGCUAAAAGAGGGUCUCGGCGAUUCAACACCAUGUUGUCGCUCCACAAUGCGACUAGCUCGCAAGGAGAGCAGUUGGCCCUUGACGACCUUGAUGAGUCUACGUUAGAGGAAGAUAUCAAGUCGUUUAAUCCGGACAUUGAAGAUAAGGACAAAUCAGAGAUCGAACCAUCAACUGAAGAUGACAAAGCUGUUGACGACGUUUUGCGCGAUGUUGCAGAACUUUUAGAGACCCUCGACUCAUUCCGCCGGAAUCGUAACCUCGAGCUGCCCACGCAAGCGGGUUCAAAAGAUGAGAAUAGCGCGGACGCCCCCUCUACGGCUGAGCUAGCUACGUAUGAAACAUUAAAGUCAAGUUUAGCUGCAAUAAUUGCCAACCUGCCACCGUAUGCUGUCUCAAAAUUGAAUGGGGACCAACUGGCUGAAUUGAAUAUCAGCCAGAAAAUUCUUGUGGAAGGCCCAUCAUAUAGUGGCACUAUGGAAGAGGAUGAUUAUUCUCUUUUGCAGAAGAGAAUCGUUGCAGCAGCCCCAGCUGCCACGCCGUCAAGGUCCGGGUCUUAUCAAGCCUCACCAGCCUUUAACCAGCGAUUGUAUUCUACAAAUUCGAGACCACAACAAUCUGCAGUUGGCGGACAACCCUACUAUCCGGGUCGCCAGUCAACGUCGACUCCAUAUACCCCAGGAGGAACGCCACAUCAGAAUUAUCCGGGGCCUCGCCCACAGGCGUCUCCAUCUCAAAGACCGAACAGCCUUCCCGGUUAUCCAUCAGGACAAUAUCCUCCUCGACCGACUCCAAACGGUUAUAAUUCAUAUGCUGGGCAUCCAGGUGCUUCUCCUUCUCAGGGGUACCAACAAAGCCCAUACGGAGCUGGAAGAAGCGCGUCACCACAGAAGCCGCAUAUGUAUGCCACACCCCAGAACCACACACGUACAGCAUACCUGAACCCAGCAUCGGGUAAUCCUCAACGAUACUACCCGCAACAACCGGGCCAAUCUCCUGCAAUGCAUGGAAAUUAUUCCUCGACGCAGACGCCUACCCAAUAUUCAAAUUCAGCUGCUGCGGCGAAUUAUGCUCGCAGCGCAGCCGAGCAGGCCAUGUUAAUGGCACAAAAUAAAGCGCAGAUUGCAGCCCAAGUUCGGCAAACCUCGGGUACCCCUAACCCACCACAAAGCGCCGAGCAAAGCAGUGUUCAAGAAGGCAGUGCAAGUCCGGCUAUAAAGGCGAAUGCCACCCCUACACCAACAGCGACAUAA